AUUCUAUGCGGAUAAAAUAGAAACCAACCAUACCCGACUACCAACUCCACUCUCUACUUGCCAAUUUUAUGAAGUUUACACCCGUGUACUUUGCUUCUGUGGCGUAGUCUGAAAACAGUACAUUUUUUAUAAAAAUAAGCCCAAAUUUCUUUAUAUCAAAGUAAUUUUGCUGUAGUAUUUUUUCUGUCUACUUGUGCAAUCUGCAAAGUUUGCAGAUUAUUGUUUAUUCGACAGCAUUUUUAGUCCCAGUAAAUCGUUAGGAAUGGUAAUGGAGGCUCCCCCAUCACCCCAAAGUGUAGGAAGAGAAUUCGUGAGGCAGUACUACACAUUGCUGAACAAGGCACCCACCCAUCUUCACAGAUUUUACAAUCAUCAAUCUUCGUUCAUUCAUGGAGGAUUAGAUCCUCCAAAUCGCGAGAGCAGCCCUGUCAUCGGCCAAAAACAAAUUCACCAGAAAAUUCAACAACUUAACUUUCGAGAUUGUCAUGCUAAGAUUACUCAGGUUGAUUCUCAGGCUACACUUGGUAAUGGCGUAGUAGUUCAAGUGACUGGAGAACUGUCUAAUGCUGGUCAACCGAUGCGUCGUUUCACUCAGACGUUUGUCUUGGCAGCACAAUCCCCUAAGAAGUUUUAUGUCCAUAAUGACAUAUUCCGCUACCAGGACGAAAUUAUCUCUGACGAAGAAUGCGAUGAUGGUGUCCAUUCUGAACCUGAUGAGGAAGUUUCGACUGGACAACCAAUUGUGGAACAUCAAGCUGCUAUCAAUCAACCAGCAAUUGCUCCUUACUACAAUCCUAAUGCCGCGCAAAUACCAGCUGCUAUUCCUGCUGUACCAAUCCAUCAUAAUCAACAGCCACCACCGCCGCAUGUAAUCAAUCCUCCAGUACCACCGACUGUCAAUGGAUCUAUUCAUCCUGAAGAAAUGAACGUCAUGCAAGGACCUGUUCCUUCCCUGGUUACUGUUCCUCAAACUCAACCAAUUGCUACUCAACUUCCAGCAAUGCAACAGGGUAUUGUGCAAGCUCCAAUUAUCCAACAACCUCCCAUUGAGGAGCCUCAGCCACCCAUGGAGGAAUUGGUCGAAGAACCAUUGGAUAAUAGUUACUCUGAACCACAGGAAAAUGAACAGGAACAGGACGUUAAUGUUACUGAAUCUGCUUCCAACGAACCAAAAACUUACGCGAACCUUCUGAAAUCUGGUUCUAAUUCGCCGUACGUUUCACCGCCAUCUCAAACUGCAACUGCUCAAGGAUCGCAAUCCAUGGUUCGUCCUGCUUCGCCGCAAGCUAACAUAGGGUACCAGGGUACUGGUUCCCGCACUGCUAAUGCAAACAGCGUCACUAAUCGCAACAAUGCAACUAGCGGCAACCAGAGACCGAAUCAGCCGCCUCAAAGGAUGUCUAAUAGACAAGAUUCAGGAAGAGGAAAUACUGUUGGAGGUAGGAGUGGAAACGAUGACGCCAAUUUUGAUGAUAGAAGACGAUCUCAAAGUCAAAAUUUCAAUGAUGUCAACCAACUGUUUUUGGGCAAUUUACCACAUACUGCAACAGAAGAAGAACUUCGUGAGAUAUUUAGUGAAUUUGGUGAGAUUUUGGAUUUGAGAGUUCACAGUAAACCAUCUAAAGUAGGGCCUGGUGCUAGAGCGCCACCAAAUUAUGGUUUCAUUACUUACGAAACUCAACAAGGCGUUGAAAAUUGCUUAAAGGCAAAGCCGAUCUAUUAUUCAAAGGAGGACAAAAACUCCAUAAUUUUGAACGUUGAAGAGAAGAAAACUAAGGAUCGUACUUCUUAUGGAGGCGGCCGCCCGAUGGAUAACAGGGACCAGAGGAGCGGUCGUGGGGACAACAGUGGUCAGAGACGCGGUAUGGGAGGUCCGGGAGGACCGAACAGAAACAGCAACGGCGGGGUAGGUGGCCCACAAGGUCCUAAUAACAGGACCAAUACCUACAACAACAGAAAUUCAGGGGGCGGACCUCCAAAUCGAGGACAAAACACCUACAACCGUCGCUAACCGCAUUUGUUUCAGUGUCUGUGACGGAGUGACAGAUAUUGCGCAUGCGCCUACGUUGUCGCCGCGAGUUGCUCUAGUUUGUGUGUAAGAAAAAAAGUUUACGGGCGUGUACAGUGAGAAUUAUAUUAAAAAAAAAAUCGGAGCCGUUACUUGAAACGUUAGUGCCAAUUGUGAACAAUUUGCUGAAAAAUAUAUUUACUUCAAUCAGUUUUAUCUGCGCCUUGUUAACCAUUCUAAAAGCCAUUCUUCCUUUUUCUCUCUCUCUCUCUUGGUAGUUAUUUAUAAUUAUUUUUCUUUUCUCAGAUUGUACUUAUUGGCUGUGUUUGUAUUAUAAUUUAAUGAGAAUUGGUAUCAAGAUACCAUUUUAGAAUGGUAUAAUAUGCCAGUUGUUAGUUCUGUCAUUUACAAUAAUUGGAAAUAUUGUGUACCUUUACAGAUUAGACUGAAAACUCUCGUUAUUUGAAUUAUGUCUUUGUAGAGCUGUUUAAUUUUUGGUAUUAAUCCUGUAUUACAUAAUACAAGUUGUGAUAGAGAAAUUAUGAACUAUACCAUUUUGGAGAGACCUGGGCUUUAAUCAGUACAAACUGACAAGUGGACGUGUUUUUAUUUAAUUAUUUUCAAAAAUUAUGUACAAAUAGAUUUCAUUCAAUACUAUUUAGUUGAAAUAUGUAGAUUUUUUAAACAUCUGCAAUGAAGUAUCUUCUCAUGGAAAAUUAUUUUCAACAUAAAAUAGAUAUUUCAAUAAAUCCCUUGAUCAUUGGAAGACACUCUGGAUUGUAAUUUUUACGAUUUCAUCAGUUUACAAUAAUAAUUUUCAUUUGCACCCAGUCAAUACAAUUCUUGACAGGGUUCGGCUAUUUUGCCAAGUCUUCCUAUUUUUUUAAUCUCUGACUUCCAUCUUGUUUUAUUGUUCCCAACAUUCCAAUAUUAUGUUUUAAUAAUCACCAAAACAUGCAAAGGGAACAAACAUACUAGGUCCACCAAUAGGCUUAACACUUUAUUAAAUUGCCAUAUCUUUGGGAAAUUUCCCUAACUAACCAUAGAUUUAAUGUAAAAAUACAAUAUAGGAAAGUUUUUUUUUAUCAAACAUUCUGAAUAAGUUGUAGCAUUUGACUAGUAUUUCUCGACUAAUUUAAAUUUAAGGAUUGAAUUAAAUUCUAAUACUGGCAAAAUGUCAACACAUUACUCUGUACCUGUACAUUAACUCAGUGUUUAUCAACUGCCUAAAGUUCAAAGACCUCUCAUGUUGAUACAUUAUUACUGACUGGAACUCACCAGUACAUUAGCUUAACAUUUCUUAAUUGUUUUUUAUCAGUACAUUAACUCAUCGUUUUUCAACUGCAUUUACAUCAAUGAUCCCCAAUAAUGAUGCACCAUUUCUGACUGAAACUCACCAGUACAUUAGCAUAAUUUUUUUCAACCUGAUUUAGUUGAAGGGGUGAUAAAAACAUUGUUUUGAACCAGUAAAUUAAACUAAUUGCUUUUCAACUGCAUUUAACUCAAAUACCUCUUAUGUGAACAUUAUUGUCGACCAAGACCUAAUGGUAGGUCAUCUUAAAGUUUCUUAACGCGACUGAGUUGAAAAAUCCAUAAAAGUGUUGAACAUAUUAUUUUGAACCAAUACUUGCCAGUACAUUAGCUCAUUGUUGUCAACAGAAUCAAAUUCGAGCACUGGAUAAAUUUUCCAAUGGAUUAUUGUGGAUUGCUACUAUUAGAAGAAACAUUUUUAACAGGGGUUUACUUCCCAGAAUCGACAUUCUAAAUGUAAGACUACUAGAAUGAAAAUAAAAUAACUAAAACUUAUUGAAUUUUUUUCUGAAAAUCAAUGAGACCACAUCUUGUUUAUCUUGCUAACUAAAGUAUUAAUUUUAGGCAUUAUCCUAGUAUCAACAUGCAAAGUAGAUCAAAAUAAGAUGAUAUGUAUGUUUAAUCUUGAUGGUAUCAUAACUAAAAAUAUAGUUUUACAUAAAUAGGUUGGGGAUAAAAAAAUGAAAUAUUUCAAUGACUUUGUUUUAAGAUUCAGAUAUUUCUUUUUCUUCAUCCAGAAGUACGGAAUUUUUUUACUUCAGAUCCUUUAUACAAUAUUGGUCGAGUUUUCAUUUUGUUGGCAGCUGAUAGUCAUAAAGCUACACAGCAUUCCUCUAUCAAACAAAAUUAGUAAUUCAUCAUUCAUUCAUUAAUAAUAAAAUUUUUGGAAUCAGUUGACUGUUGCUGUAGUGAAACUAGUUGCAGGUGAAUUUAUAGAUUAUGGACAAAUAGAUGGAUUUUUCAUGAAUAGACAAAUAUUUCUUAUUUGUUAAUUACAUUAUUUCUAACACCUGGUUUGACACAGUGAGGCACAGAUAAUUUUUUACUAGUGAUUAUUUAGAAGUAAACAUAUUUUGACAGCUCAUUGGCCCACAGGUCAUUACUUUGUAUUUACAUACCUGUUAUUUUAUAUACAGCAAGUAGUAUUUAUGUACAACUAUUGAUAAAAUGACUAAUGGAAACUAAUUAUGUGCUUUUUUUACAUGUUGAAAUUUGUUUUCGAGUACGAGUAUUUCAUUUUACCUGGAUUUUGGAAUAGUCUUUUUACUUUUUCUGAAAUAUUCAAGGCGCAAGUUAGUUUCUUUUUUUCUUUAAAUCUGUACAGAAAAAGCAACUGCAAUUUUACAUGAGGCAGUAUUUUGAUAAGAUUUUCCAAAUAUUCUAGUUGUUCUAUGGUGAACCAAAAAACCUGUUAAUUUAGAAAGAUUUAGGUACCACUUAAAAUGUAAUAUUUUUCUAAUCAAUGGCUUAAAAUUUUUUUACGAAUUUUUUCAAGAUAAAUAAAUUUUUCUGUGCAUGGAGCAAUCCGUUAAUAACAGCAAUUGUCUUUCAAGCUUAAUUUAAAUCAAGACAAGUAUGCAAAAUCAAGUUUGUGUUAGUUUCUUGAACUAUUUUGAUUUAGUCAUUGAGUAUACUAGCCACUGUUUUUUUUUCAAAAAUCAAUUUUUGUGGAAUUUAAUGUAAUGAUACACUUUGAUCCAUUCUCUAAUAAAUUUAGAGAAUAAUUCGCUACUUUCGAUUUGUGUUGUUUAGUAUUAGUAUUUAUGACAUUUGUUAACAGUUGCUUUGUCUGAAAAUUGUUUUUUUUUUAAAGAGGAUUUUCAACAGAAAUGUAAUUCAUCAUACUGAUCAAGUUAACCUGGACACAAUAUAGUAAUUAAAGCGUGUGUAAUGCGAAAAGGUUAUUGUUGCAAUCAAAUGGGUUUUGUACAGAUACUACAAAUAGUUAAAUAAAAAUUGGCGUCGCUUCUGAAAAUUCCAUGUAUUUGCAGCAUUUACUGUGUUUUUAGAUUAUCGUGCCUUAUUUCGAGAAGGUACAUUUGAUAACAUUUUUCUUUAAAAAUAAUUCCAUAUAACUUGCAAAUAUGCAUAAAUAUAGUGGGAAUCAUUUAAAUUGGAGGCAACUGUUUUUGUUGGAUUAGACUAAUUUCAUAGUAGGCAAAAUACUUUUUGACAUAAAAUGAUUUUAUAACCUCCAAAAAGUUGAUGUUAUGAGAAUAUUACAGAAAAUCCAGUCAUACACCACCCCUGAAAUCGUCUAUACUUAAUUUUGAUAAAAAUUUAGUAAUAACAAAAAACAUCUGCAUUUUAUUUACUUUCAGACAGAUCUUGCAUUACGUUAACGUACAGGUUGUAGUAAUGCUGACUUAACACUAUAUCCGGUCACGGUGAUUUAAAAAAACGGGACUAAAUAAAUAAUAUCCACUAUGACAUAAGUAACUUCAAAUACAUAGCUGAUAGCAAGUGUCAAAGUUGGAUUGAGAAUUUGUUUCAGCAAUAUUCAUAGUGUGUGAGACCACCUGUAUAGUAAUUCUUCCUUUUACAUAGUCAACAAUUUAAUCAUAAUUUGAAUCUAGCGUCACUUUCAAUUUUCGUGUAAAGUUGCUUCCAUUUUAUUUAAACCACACUGUAUUGUAGAUAAUAAUUCAAUUAUAUACCCUUUAAUUCGCAUUAUCAAAAACUAGUUUCAUUUUCACUCAUUUCAAGGGUAUAAUUAAAAACUGUAAAAUUAAAUAUUGAAAAAUAAAAAAUGUAGUAAAAUAGUGAGAAAUACAAUUUUUUACGAGAUGAAUUGUGUUUGCUUGUCUGAAUCCUCUCCUUUUGUAACAUUUUAAGACUUAUGUUAAUUUUAUUUUCAACUUUUAUUAAAUCGAUUUUCACAAAAUAAA